GGCCUUUGCUGCGGCUAGAGCCCCUACUACUGACUACUGCUAGCACAACCACUUUCCAAGUCAAAUUGCUCGUCUGAUGUACAUAUGCACCACCAGCAAACCGGAACGGGUUAACACGAGCCACAUGGCCCACACGCGCCACACGGUCCGCAAGGCCCGCAGCAGGGCCCACAACCACCACAGGGACCACAACCGCCACAGGGGCCACAGGGACCACAACAAGGACCGCAGCCACCACAAGGACCGCAACAUGGCUUACAGCACGGCCCACAGCAUCCGCCGCAAGGGCCGCAGCAUGGGCCGCCGCAAGGGCCGCCGCAAGGGCCACCGCAAGGGCCGCAGCAUGGGCCGCCGCAAGGGCCGCCGCAAGGGCCGCCGCAAGGGCCGCAGCACGGGCCGCAGCACGGGCUGCAAGGUCCUCCACACGGGCCACACGGAACGCUGCACAUUUUAA